CAGUCCUUCUGCCUCCUGUCACACAUUUUCCCUGACAGAGCAGCACCGUCUCCGCCUCUGCGGAGAGUGGACCUUUGUAGGGAGACACGAGGGCACCGUGGGACCCAAAUGCUUUCUUGUAGUUUUGUCGACGAGUUGAUUUUGAGAUAUGAGUCAGCGUAUUAACACAGCAUUCAAGCGUGCCAGCUAGUGCUGCGUGAUCUGGAGGGAGAGUAAAAGACAGCAGAGACUAUGGAGGUGUCAGAUGGAUUACUGCUGCAGGUCAACAAUGGAGAGCAGUGGUGUAACCGCUGGAAACAUCCUAAUGAGGAUUUGGACCGCAGCACAAGCCCUUCAGUUCUGCGCUGUGUUGCCAGCACGUGGAAGGAGGGUCUGCUCAACAGAAAGAGGCCCUUUGUGGGCCGCUGCUGUCACUCCUGUACACCACAGAGCUGGGAGAGACUGUUCAACCCCAGUAUUCCAUCUCUGGGACUGAGAAAUGUUAUCUACAUCAAUGAGACCCACACCAGACAGCGAGGAUGGCUUGCACGCCGGCUGAGUUACGUGCUGUUUGUCAUGGAGAGAGAUGUCAACAAGGACAUGUUCACCAGGAACGUGGUUGAUAAUGUGCUCAACAACAGCAGGGUUGAAAAUGCUAUCAUGACAGUAGCCACAGAAUCGGAGGCUGUGACCAACAAGCCCGGCCAGGAGCACAAAGCUGUCAGCAAGGUGAAGCAGAAGGCCAGAGCAUUCCUUCAGGAGAUGGUGGCUAACAUUUCACCAGCCUUUAUAAGGCUGACAGGCUGGGUCCUCCUGAGGCUUUUCAAUGGUUUCUUCUGGAGCAUCCAGAUCCACAAGGGCCAGCUGGAAAUGGUCAAGAAAGCUGCUACAGAGCAAAAUGUGCCCAUGGUGUUCCUGCCUGUUCACAAAUCCCACAUCGACUACCUGCUCAUCACCUUGAUCCUGUUCUGUCACAACAUCAAAGCCCCACACAUUGCUGCCGGGAACAACCUAAGCAUCCCUAUCCUCAGCACUCUUAUCCGUAAACUUGGAGGCUUCUUCAUACGACGGAAAAUGGAGGAGACGGGGGAUGGGAAGAAAGACAUUCUGUACAGAUCACUGUUACAAGCAUACACAGAGGAGUUAUUGCGCCAGCAGCAGUUUCUUGAGGUCUACCUGGAGGGUACCCGCUCCCGCAGCGGUAAGCCGUCCACAGCACGUGCAGGCAUGCUGUCUAUCGUGGUAGACACGCUGUGCACUGGGUCAAUCCCAGAUGUACUGGUGGUGCCAGUUGGCAUCUCUUAUGAUCGUAUUAUUGAGGGCAACUACAAUAGUGAGCAGCUGGGCAAACCUAAGAAGAAUGAGAGUUUGUGGGGGAUAGCAUGUGGAGUUUUCAGGAUGCUGAGGAAGAAUUAUGGAUGUGUACGAGUUGAUUUCAACCAGCCCUUCUCCCUAAAGGAGUACCUGGACUGCCAGAGAACUCGCCAUAUUCCACCACCUGUGUCUCUGGAACACACCUUGAUGCCGACCAUUAUAUCUGCACAGCCGGAUGCUCAGCUGUUUGGAGGGCAGGAGGAAGAGCAGCUGAACAGAGAGCUGCCCGAUGACAUUUUCAGACGACAAGUCAUUAACAACCUGGCCAAGCACGUCCUCUUCACGGCUAAUAAGACCUCAGCGAUUAUGUCCACCCACAUUGUAGCCUGUCUGCUGCUCUACAGACACAGACAGGGAGUUGUGCUGUCUAAGCUGGUGGAAGACUUCUUCAACAUGAAGGAGGAGAUCCUGUCCCGGGACUUUGACCUGGGCUUUUCAGGGAACUCAGAGGACGUGGUCAUGCACGCCCUCCAUCUGCUGGAAAACUGCGUAAAUGUGACCAGCAGCUCAAACCGCAACGGGGAGUUCACAAUCGCACCCUGUCCAACUGUACCCGCUCUUUUUGAGCUCAACUUCUACAGCAACGGCCUUUUCCACGUCUUCAUUUCUGAUGCAAUCAUUGCUUGCAGCAUCCUGUCACUGCAGCGAGAGCUUGCUGUGGAAUCAGAGACUGAUAAUGAGCCCGGUGGUCUUAACAGUCUCCCUCUCAGUCAGGAAAGACUCAUCCGCAAGGCUGCUGGGCUCUCCUACUUCCUUGUCAAUGAGGUCUCAGUGGCACCACCCUGUCAGACGAUUUACCAGGUGUUUCACGAUGCUGUGACCCGGCUGAUCCAGUACGGAGUUCUCUAUGUGGCAGAGGAGGACCAGGAAGAGCUAAGCCCAAGCCCCACUGAUGAACCCUGGCCCAAAAAGUUCCCUGAGCCACUCUCCUGGAGAAGUGAUGAGGAAGAUGAGGACAGUGACUUUGGAGAGGAGCAGAGAGAUCGCUACCUAAAGGUGAGCGUUGCCGCAGAACACCAGGAGUUCUUCAUCUUCCUCCAGAGACUGCUCAGUCCAGUCUUGGAGGCCUACAGUGGAGCCGCAAUCUUCGUCCACAGUCUGAGUCAGCCAAUGGCUGAGUCUGACUACACCCAGAGGCUCUUCAGAUACCUUCUCACUCGCACCGAGAGAGGAGUGGCUGCUUAUGGUGAAAGUGCAACUCAUUACUUGGUGAAGAACACAGUGAGGACAUUCAAAGAGCUCGGGGUUCUGAAGGAGAGAAGAGAGAACCGGGUGACAACUUUGGAGCUGAGCAGCACCUUUCUACCUCAGGCCAAUCGGAACAAACUCCUGCAGUACAUCCUAGGUUUCACCUUGCUGUGACCCCUUUCAGCCCAGCUCAGACCCCAAGCUCCUUCCAGCAAAAGGGCUUCAACUGGUUACUUCUAAACAAUCCCAGGUGCUACUCUGUGGAAAGCUUUACCAGGAAGUGCCUUCACAUAACAGCCGCUAACAGUUAGGUGUUAGCCGGAAGAGACUUGAAGCCAGUCUUCCCCUCUUGCCGCAGUUUAAGACUCCCUGUCUUUUAACUGUGCUGCUGAUAAACCCAUGUAUCCAUAUUUGAUGAGGUACCUCUAAGAAUCAUCCUCUCUUUGGGACCUUUUAAGUUUAAUACACUCAAAAUUUUGAACUAUCUCAAAAUAUACCCAAGCAGGUUAGUAAAUAUAAAUAACUUUUAUAGCAGUAACAACAAAGCAAGCUGCCUUUUCUCUAUACAAUUGAACAAAUUAUGCAUAGAAAAUAACAUUAAAUAUUACCAAAAACAUCAAGGCAUUUUAGUGUUUCUGCAGGUUUGUAAACCUGCUUUUUUCUCCCCAAUGUGCGCUCCACUGUCACAGUAGAAAUCAUGAAAAAAUGUAGUUUGAUGCAAGACUGCGAACUAACAAGACUUUGUAAAUAAUCCUCAAAAACAAUCAUUCAAGUGCAUUUGGAUUUAUGCACUGUUCAUCAGACUCAAUGAUAGGGAGGCUUUAGGUAGAAAAAUCUGUUCCUGCAGAAUGCAAACAUAUCCAUGUUUUUACUUUCAAAAGAACUGACAGAAACAGAUGUACAUGUAGACAGCUUGGACAGGUGUACUACAGUUACAGGUUUAUUAUCCGAAUAUGAGCAGCCAAUCUUUGCAAGGUAUCUACUAGGCAAACACAAUUUGUACAUUUUGAAUGCUGGCACAGUUAAAGCCUCAAAUCACAAGCAUCUACAGUUAAGUGCAUUCAAACCACUAGUAUCUAAGUGCAUUCAUUUUCUCUUUUCAUGACAAUGAAAAGCGACUUAGACCUCUGUUUGCUUAGAUUUUUUUUUUCUUUUUUAUGAAUGUUACAUAGCACAGCACUUAAAGUCUUUCAUACCAGCCAUCAAAUCUACUUGAGUUCAGCUGCAGAGAGCUCAGACACUCUUCAGUCAUGCCUUUCAGGGAGAGCAGACGUUUGGGAGUCGUACCUUUUUUUCAUGUAUGAUAUGAACUGUAUAAAAGUUGGUGUGGCGUCAAUGCUGAGAGAGCAGCGUUGCUCCAUAUGUUGGAGUGUAAUACAAAAUAAACGGUACAUAUCCUUUGUAUAAUUCAUCUGAACAACCCUUAACAGAUUGUUCAUCUGAACAAUCUGUUAGAGGUGUGAGAACAAGACAGUUUUUCCGUUGUACUGUAGAGAAGGAUAGAAGUGUUAAAGAAAGGAGAGGAUGUCCUUUCUUGUUUACUUUUAAAAGCUGCGAGGAGCGCUGAUGUCUCAAAAUGUUACAAAACCUUCAGGUUUAUCCGUUCAUUUUCUCCUUAUAAAUCUUUCAAAGAAAUCAGUCUUAUAAUAGAGUUGAUUUUAAGUGUUUUUUUUUUAAAUCAGACAGGUAGGUAGGACAUAAAGUGAUGAAAAUCACAAACAAACCGUUCAGACUUUAAUGCACCGUGAAAUGUUUUGACAAGACUUAGUCCUUAGAUGAUACUCUGUGUUAUCAUUACAGUGAACUCUUUUUGUGAACAAGUUAAUCUCGGCAUACAAAGCAGAUAGAAAAAGAAGUGAGAGCUUGUUUAAAAGGGCAGAGGAAGUUUGAGGAAUUGUCCCUAUCACUGGAGAAGAACUGAAAUCCCAGAUUUUUAAUGUGAAAACAAGCAGUGUGAAUGUUGGAAAUUAACAUUCUUAAUCUGUCGGGGCAAUAAAACAAUUUCCCACUACACCUUUAAAGAAUAUUUAAAUCAGAAGACAAGUCUGCAACACUGCUUGUUACAAUUACUUUGAAGCUUUUUCAGCAUUCUGCCUAUUUAUUAUUAAAAUCCUGCAUAUUUUCCUGCAGUUUUUCAAAUAUAUGUAAUGAAAUGCCCAUUAAAAACUUACUGAGGGACUUGAUGAAUGAAACCCAUAGCAUGUGGAAGAAGAGCAAAGUAAGUUAUUUAAAUGGGAGUGAGAUCAGAGAAGCAUUUCUGAGCCCAUACUCUGUAAACGUCCCCCCACAGUGAGGGGAAAUCCUCCGCCAAGAUAAAACCACUCCACGUACUGUACUGCAUGUUUUCUCUGGUCGCCUUCAAUUAUCAACACUCCAAUGUGAACUCUUCUUAACCUGAAUUGUAUAAUACAGCCUAGUGUGUGGAUUAUGUUGCAGAGAAUGAUAGUUGUGUGCGUAGGAGAUGAAAUGUGUUACCUCUUGAAUGUAUCUCAUCUGUCCCCCACUAAAAGGUUAAUGUGAUAUCAAGCACUCAAUGGUGUUGUUACGUUUUUUUAUGAAAGGAUUCAACGCUGGAGCUACAUUUACAACAUCCCUGUACAACUAUGUAACUUUGUAGGAUAAAAGAAGAAAUGCCUGUACCUGGGGAGCAGGUGCCUUUGUAAUGCACUGUAAUGUUAUUAUUAGGUUGUGUUAUUUUAUUUUGUUUUUGUGCAUGUUAACAGGUUAUUUUGUGUGAGAAUCCAAAUGAACACUGUAGAUCGUAAAUUAAGGAAAACAACACAAGAGCAGAGAUCUUGUGGUUACUCUAAGGAUCACCAGCUACUAAAUGAAAGUGUCACUUUUUUUCUUGCUUUCUCAGAGAAAAGCACAAUUGGCAUUAAUAGAUUUUGUUUUUA